AUGGGAAGCGGCCAGGCAAGCAUUGCUGGCCAGGGAAAUACUAUGGCCAGCGGCCAGGGCCUGGCAAACAUUGCUGGCCAGGGAAAUACUGUGGCAAGCAGCCAGGGCCAGGCAGGCAUUGCUGGCCAGGGAAAUACUGUGGCAAGCGGCCAGGGCCAGGUAGGCAUUGUUGGCCAGGUAAAUAUUGUGGGAAGCGGCCAAGGCCAGGCAAGCAUUGUUGGCCAGGGAAGCGGAGUGGCAAGCGGCCAGGUCCAGGGAAGCGGAGUGGCAAGCGGCCAGGGCCAGGGAAGCGGAGUGGCAAGCGGCCAGGGCCAGGGAAGCGGAGUGGCAAGCGGCCAGGGCCAGGGAAGCGGAGUGGCAAGCGGCCAGGGCCAGGGAAGCGGAGUGGCAAGCGGCCACGGCCAGGGAAGCGGAGUGGCAAGCGGCCAGGGAAGUGGUAUGGCAAGCGGCCAGGGCCAGGGAAGCAUUGCUGGCCAGGGAAAUACUAUGGCAAGCGGCCAGGGCCAGGCAAGUGUUAUUGGCCAGGGAAAUAUUGUGGGAAGCGGCCAGGGAAGCAUUGCUGGCCAGGGAAAUACUAUGGCAAGCGGCCAGGGCCAGGCAAGUGUUAUUGGCCAGGGAAAUAUUGUGGGAAGCGGCCAGGCAAGCAUUGUUGGCCAGGGAAGCGGUGUGGGAAGUGGCCAAGGCCAGGCAAGCAUUGUUGGCCAGGGAAGCUGUGUGGGAAGCGGCCAGGGCCAGGGAAGCGGCCAGGGAAGCAUUGCUGGCCAGGGAAGCGGAGUGGGAAGCGGCCAGGGCCAGGGAAGCGGAGUGGGAAGCGGCCAGGGCCAGGGAAGCAUUGCUGGCCAGGGAAAUACUAUGGCAAUCGGCCAGGCAGGCAUUGUUGGCCAGGGAAGCGGAGUGGCAAGCGGCCAGGGCCAGGGAAGCGGCAUGGGAAGUGGCCAGGGCCUGGGAAGCGGCAUGGGAAGUGGCCAGGGCCUGGGAAGCAUUGCUGGCGAGGGAAAUAGUAUGGCGAGCGGCCAGGGCCAGGCAGGCAUUGUUGGCCAGGGAAGCAUUGCUGGCCAGGGAAAUACUAUGGCAAGCGGCCAGGGCCAGGCAAGUGUUAUUGGCCAGGGAAGCGGAGUGGCAAGCGGCCAGGGAAGCGGAGUGGCAAGCGGCCAGGGAAGCGGAGUGGCAAGCGGCCAGGGAAGCGGAGUGGCAAGCGGCCAGGGCCAGGGAAGCGGAGUGGCAAGCGGCCAGGGAAGUGGUAUGGCAAGCGGCCAGGGCCAGGGAAGCAUUGCUGGCCAGGGAAAUACUAUGGCAAGCGGCCAGGGCCAGGCAAGUGUUAUUGGCCAGGGAAAUAUUGUGGGAAGCGGCCAGGCAAGCAUUGUUGGCCAGGGAAGCGGUGUGGGAAGCGGCCAGGGUCAGGGAAGCGGAGUGGGAAGCGACCAGGGCCAGGGAAGUGGAUUGGGAAGCGGCAAGGGCCUGGGAAGCAUUGCUGGUCAGGGAAAUUAUAUAGAAAGCAGCCAAUUCCAGGCAAGCGUUAUUGGCAUGGGAAGCGGAGUGGGAAGCGGCCAGGGAAGUGGUAUGGAAAGUGGCCAGGUCCAGGGAAGCAUUGCUGGCCAGGGAAAUACUGUGGGAAGCGGCCUGGGCCAAGGAAGCGGUAUGGGAAGCGGUGUUGGCCAGGGAAGUGGCCAGGGCCAGGCAAGCAUUGUUGGCAAGGAAAGUACUAUGGAAAGCGUCCAGGGCCAGGGAAGCGGUAUAGGAAGCGGCCAGGGCCUGGGAAGUGGUAUAGGAAGUGGCCAGGGAAGCAUUGUUGGCCAGGGAAAUAUUGUGGGAAGCGGCCUGGGCCAAGGAAGCGGUAUGGGAAGCGGUGUUGGCCAGGGAAGUGGCCAGGGCCAGGCAAGCAUUGUUGGCAAGGAAAGUACUAUGGAAAGCGUCCAGGGCCAGGGAAGCGGUAUAGGAAGCGGCCAGGGCCAGGGAAGCGGCCAGGGAAGCAUUGCUGGCCAGGAAAAUACUAUGGCAAGCGGCCAGGCAAGCAUUGUUGGCCAGGGAAAUACUACGGCAAAUGGCCAGGGCCAGGCAAGCAUUGUUGACCAGGGACGUGGUAUGGGAAGCGGCCAGGGCCAGGGAAGUGGUAUGGGAAGUGGCCAGGGCCAGGGAAGCAUUGCUAGCCAGGGAAAUACUAUGGAAAGUGGCCAGGGCCAGGGAAGCGGACAGGGCCUGGGAAUCAUGGUUGGCCAUGGAAAUACCAUGGAAAGGGGCCAGGCAAGCAUUGUUGGCCUGGAAAGUACUAUGGGAAGCGGCCAGGGCCAGGGAAGCGGCCAGGGCCAGGGAAGCGGUAUGGGAAGCGGCCAGGGCCAGGCAAGCAUUGUUGGCCAGGGAAAUAUUGUGGAAAGCGGCCAGGGCCAGGGAAGUGGUAUAGGAAGCGUCCAGGGCCUGGGAAGUGGUAUGGGAAGCGGCCAGGGCCAGGGAAGCAUUGUUGGCCUGGAAAGUACUAUGGGAAGCGGCCAGGGUCAGGGAAGCGGCCAGGGCCAGGGAAGCGGUAUGGGAAGCGGCCAAGGCCAGGCAAGCAUUGUUGGCCAGGGAAAUACUGUGGAAAGCGGCCAGGGCCAGGGAAGUGUUAUAGGAAGCGUCCAGGGCCUGGGAAGUGGUAUAGGAAGUGGCCAGGGCCAGGGAAGCAUUGCUGGUCAGGGAAAAACUGUGGCAAGCGGCCAGGCAAGCAUUGUUGGCCAGGGAAAUACUACGGCAAACGGCCAGGCAAGCAUUGUUGGCCAGGGAAGUGGUAUGGGAAGCGGCCAGGGCCAGGGAAGCAUUGCUGGCCAGGGAAAUACUGUGGAAAGUGGCCAGGGCCAGGGAAGCGGUAUGGGAAGCAUUGUUGGCCUGGGAAGCGGUGUUGGCCAGGGAAGUGGCCAGGGCCAGGGAAGCGGUAUAGGAAGCGGCCAGGGAAGCGGCCAGGGAAGCAUUGCUGGCCAGGAAAAUGCUAUGGCAAGCAGCCAAGCGAACAUUGUUGGCCAGGGACGUAGUAUGGGAAGCGGCCAGGGAAGUGGUAUGGGAAGUGGCCAGGGAAACAUUGCUAGCCAGGGAAAUACUAUGGAAAGUGGCCAGGGAAGCAGACAGGGCCUGGGAAUCAUUGUUGGCCAUAGAAAUACUAUGGAAAGGGGCCAGGCAAGGAUUGUUGGCCAGGGAAAUAUUGUGGGAAGCGGCCAAGGCCAGGAAAGCGGUAUGGGAAGCGGCCAGGGAAGCGGUAUGGGAAGCCGCCAGGGCCAGGGAAGCGGUAUGGGAAGUGGCCAGGGCCAGGCAAGCAUUGUUGGCAUGGAAAGUACUAUGGAAAGCGGCCAGGGAAGUGGUAUAGGAAGCGGCCAGGGCCUGGGAAGUGGUAUAGGAAGCGGCCAGGGCCUGGGAAUUGGUAUAGGAAGCGGCCAGGGCCAGGGAAGCAUUGCUGGCCAGGGAAAUACUGUGGCAAGCGGCCAGGCAAGCAUUGUUAGCCAGGGAAAUACUACGGCAAACGGCCAGGCAAGCAUUGUUGGCCAGGAAAGUGGUAUGGGAAGUGGCCACAGCCAGGGAAGUGGUAUGGGAAGCGGCCAGGGCCAGGGAAGCAUUGCUGGCCAGGGAAAUACAAUGGCAAUCGGCCAGGGCCAGGCAAGCAUUGCUGGCCAGGGAAAUAUUAUGACAAGCAGCCAGGCAAGCAUUGUUGGCCAGGGAAAUACUGUGGAAAGUGGUCAGGGCCAGGGAAGCAUUGUUGGCCUGGGAAGCGGUGUUGGCCAGGGAAGUGGCCAGGGCCAGGGAAGCGGUGUAGGAAACGGCCAGGGAAGCAUUGCUGGCCAGGAAAAUACUAUGGCAAGUGGCCAGGCAAGCAUUGUUGGCCAAGGAAAUAUGAUGGCAAUCGGCCAGGCAAGCAUUGUUGGCCAGGGACGUGGUAUGGGAAGCGGCCAGGGAAGUGGUAUGGGAAGCGGCCAGGGAAGUGGUAUGGGAAGUGGCCAGGGAAACAUUGCUAGCCAGGGAAAUACUAUGGAAAGUGGCCAGGGAAGCGGACAGGUCCUGGGAAUCAUUGUUGGCCAUAGAAAUACUAUGGAAAGGGGCCAGGCAAGGAUUGUUGGCCAGGGAAAUAUUGUGGGAAGCGGCCAAGGCCAGGAAAGCAUUGUUGGCCUGGAAAGUACUAUGGGAAGCGGCCAGGGAAGCCACCAGGGCCAGGGAAGCGGUAUGGGAAGUGGCCAGGGCCAGGCAAGCAUUGUUGGCAUGGAAAGUACUAUGGAAAGCGGCCAGGGCCAGGGAAGUGGUAUAGGAAGCGGCCAGGGCCUGGGAAGUGGUAUAGGAAGCGGCCAGGGCCAGGGAAGCAUUGCUGGCCAGGGAAAUACUGUGGCAAGCGGCCAGGCAAGCAUUGUUGGCCAGGGAAAUACUACGGCAAACGGCCAAGCAAGCAUUGUUGGCCAGGAAAGUGGUAUGGGAAGUGGCCACAGCCAGGGAAGUGGUAUGGGAAGCGGCCAGGGCCAGGGAAGCAUUGCUGGCCAGGGAAAUACAAUGGCAAUCGGCCAGGGCCAGGCAAGCAUUGCUGGCCAGGGAAAUACUAUGACAAGCAGCCAGGCAAGCAUUGUUGGCCAGGGAAAUACUAUGGAAAGUGGCCAGGGCCAGGCAAGCAUUGUUGGCCAGGGAAGUAUUGUGGGAAGCGGCCUGGGCCAAGGAAGCGGUAUGGGAAGCGGUGUUGGCCUGGGAAGUGGUGUUGGCCAGGGAAGUGGCCAGGGCCGGGGAAGCAUUGCUAGCCAGGGAAAUACUAUGGAAAGGGGCCAGGCAAGCAUUGUUGGCCAGGUAAAUAUUGUGGGAAGCGGCCAAGGCCAGGAAAGCAGUGUUGGCCUGGAAAGUACUAUGGGAAGCGGCCAGGGCCAGGGAAGCGGUAUGGGAAGCGGCCAGGGCCAGGCAAGCAUUGUUGGCCAGGGAAAUAUUGUGAGAAGCGGCCAAGGCCAGGCAAGCAUUGUUGGCCAGGGAAAUACUACGGCAAACGGCCAGGCAAGCAUUGUUGGCCAGGGACGUGGUAUGGGAAGUGGCCAGGGCCAGGGAAGCAUUGCUGGCCAGGGAAAUACGAUGGCAAUCGGCCAGGGCCAGGCAAGCAUUGCUGGCCAGGGAAAUACUAUGACAAGCAGCCAGGCAAGCAUUGUUGGCCAGGGAAAUACUGUGGAAAGUGGUCAGGGCCAGGGAAGCGGUAUGGGAAGCAUUGUUGGCCUGGGAAGCGGUGUUGGCCAGGGAAGUGGCCAGGGCCAGGGAAGCGGUGUAGGAAGCGGCCGGGGAAGCAUUGUUGGCCAGGGAAAUACUACGGCAAAUGGCCAGGGCCAGGAAAGCAUUGUUGGCCAGGGACGUGGUAUGGGAAGUGGCCACGGCCAGGGAAGUGGUAUGGGAAGCGGCCAGGGAAGCAUUGCUGGCCAGGGAAAUACGAUGGCAAUCGGCCAGGGCCAGGCAAGCAUUGCUGGCCAGGGAAAUACUACGGCAAACGGCCAGGCAAGCAUUGUUGGCCAGGGAAGUGGUAUGGGAAGCGGCCAGGGCCAGGGAAGCAUUGUUGGCCAGGGAAAUACUAUGGCAAUCGGCCAGGGCCAGGCAAGCAUUGCUGGCCAGGGAAAUACUAUGACAAGCAGCCAGGCAAGCAUUGUUGGCCAGGGAAAUACUGUGGAAAGUGGCCAGGGCCAGGGAAGCGGUAUGGGAAGCAUUGUUGGCCUGGGAAGCGGUGUUGGCCAGGGAAGUGGCCAGGGAAGCGGCCAGGGAAGCAUUGCUGGCCAGGAAAAUGCUAUGGCAAGCAGCCAGGCAAGCAUUGUUGGCCAGGGACGUGGUAUGGGAAGCGGCCAGGGCCAGGGAAGUGGUAUGGGAAGUGGCCAGGGCCAGGGAAACAUUGCUAGCCAGGGAAAUACUAUGGAAAGUGGCCAGGGAAGCGGACAGGGCCUGGGAAUCAUUGUUGGCCAUGGAAAUACUAUGGAAAGGGGCCAGGCAAGGAUUGUUGGCCACGGAAAUAUUGUGGGAAGCGGCCAAGGCCAGGAAAGCAUUGUUGGCAAGGAAAGUACUAUGGAAAGCGGCCAGGGCCAGGGAAGCGGUAUGGGAAGCGGCCAGGGCCAGGGAAGCGGUAUGGGAAGUGGCCAGGGCCAGGCAAGCAUUGUUGGCAAGGAAAGUACUAUGGAAAGCGGCCAGGGCCUGGGAAGCGGUAUAGGAAGCGGCCAGGACCUGGGAAGUGGUAUAGGAAGCGGCCAGGGCCAGGGAAGCAUUGCUGGCCAGGGAAAUACUGUGGCAAGCGGCCAGGCAAGCAUUGUUGGCCAGGGAAAUACUACGGCAAACGGCCAGGCAAGCAUUGUUGGCCAGGGAAGUGGUAUGGGAAGUGGCCACGGCCAGGGAAGUGGUAUGGAAAGCGGCCAGGGCCAGGGAAGCAUUGCUGGCCAGGGAAAUACUAUGGCAAUCGGCCAGGGCCAGGCAAGCAUUGCUGGCCAGGGAAAUACUACGGCAAACGGCCAGGCAAGCAUUGUUGGCCAGGGAAGUGGUAUGGGAAGUGGCCACGGCCAGGGAAGUGGUAUGGAAAGCGGCCAGGGCCAGGGAAGCAUUGCUGGCCAGGGAAAUACUAUGGCAAUCGGCCAGGGCCAGGCAAGCAUUGCUGGCGAGGGAAAAACUAUGGAAAGGGGCCAGGCAAGCAUUGUUGGCCAGGUAAAUAUUGUGGGAAGAGGCCAAGGCCAGGAAAGCAGUGUUGGCCUGGAAAGUACUAUGGGAAGCGGCCAGGGCCAGGGAAGCGGCCAGGGAAGCGGUAUGGGAAGCAGCCAGGGCCAGGGAAGCGGUAUGGGAAGCGGCCAGGGCCAGGCAAGCAUUGUUGGCCAGGGAAAUACUGUGGCAAGCGGCCAGGCAAGCAUUGUUUCCCAGGGAAAUACUACGGCAAACGGCCAGGCAAGCAUUGUUUCCCAGGGAAAUACUACGGCAAAUGGCCAGGCAAGCAUUGUUGGCCAGGGACGUGGUAUGGGAAGUGGCCAGGGAAGCAUUGCUGGCCAGGGAAAUACGAUGGCAAUCGGCCAGGGCCAGGCAAGCAUUGCUGGCCAGGGAAAUACUAUGGAAAGUGGUCAGGGCCAUGGAAGCGGUAUGGGAAGCAUUGUUGGCCUGGGAAGCGGUGUUGGCCAGGGAAGUGGCCAGGGCCAGGGAAGCGGUGUAGGAAGCGACCAGGGAAGCAUUGCUGGCCAGGAAAAUACUAUGGCAAGCGGCCAGGCAAGCAUUGUUGGCCAGGGAAAUACUACGGCAAAUGGCCAGGGCCAGGCAAGCAUUGUUGCCCAGGGACGUGGUAUGGGAAGCGGCCAGGGCCUGGGAAUCAUUGUUGGCCAUGGAAAUACUAUGGAAAGCGGCCAGGGCCAGGGAAGUGGUAUAGGAAGCGGCCAGGGCCUGGGAAGUGGUAUAGGAAGUGGCCAGGGCCAGGGAAGCAUUGCUGGCCAGGGAAAUACUGUGGCAAGCGGCCAGGCAAGCAUUGUUGGCCAGGGAAGUGGUAUGGGAAGUGGCCAUGGCCAGGAAAGUUGUAUGGGAAGCGGCCAGGGCCAGGGAAGCAUUGCUGGCCAGGGAAAUACUAUGACAAGCAGCCAGGCAAGCAUUGUUGACCAAGGAAAUACUGUGGAAAGUGGCCAGGGACAGGCAAGCAUUGUUAGCCAGGGAAAUAUUGUGGGAAGCGGCCUGGGACAGGGAUGUGGUAUGGGAAGCAUUGUUGGCCUGGGAAGCAGUGUUGGCCAGGGAAGUGGCCAGGGCCAGGCAGGCAUUGUUGGCAAGGAAAGUACUAUGGAAAGCGUCCAGGGCCAGGGAAGCGGUAUAGGAAGCGGCCAGGGCCAGGGAAGCGUCCAAGGAAGCAUUGUUGGCCAGGGAAAUACUAUGGCAAGCAGCCAGGCAAGCAUUGUUGGCCAGGGAAAUACUAUGGCAAGCGGCCAGGCAGGCAUUGCUGGCCAGGGAAGUGGCCAGGGAAGCGGUAUGGGAAGUAGCCAGGCAAGCAUUGUUGGCCAAACAAAUACUAUGGGAAGCAGCCAUGGCCAGGGAAGUGGUAUGGAAAGCAUUGUUGGCCAGGGAAGUACUAUGGAAUGUGGCUGGGGCCUGGGAAGCAUUGUUGGCCAUGGAAAUACUAUGGAAAGUUGUCUUGGCCAAGGAAGUAACCAGGUCCUGGCAAGCGUUGUUGGCCAGGGAAGUGGUGUGGGAAGCGGCCAAGGCCAGGCAAGUGGUAUGGGACGUGGCCAGGGCCAGGCAAGCAUUGUUGGCCAGGGAAGCAGCCAGGGCCAGGGAAGUGGUAUGGGAGGCGGUCUGAGAAGCAUUCUUGGCCUGGGAAAUGGCCAGGGAAAUAUGGGAGGCAUUGUGUGCCAAGGAAGUGGCAAUGAGCAGGAAAACGGUAUGGAAAGUGGCAAGGGAAACGUUGUGGGCCAGGGAAGGGAACAGGACCAGGGAAGUGGUUUGGGACGUGGCCAGGGAAGCGGAAUGGCAAGUGGCCAGGUCCAGGCAAGCGUUGUGGGCCAGGGGAUCAGCCAGGGCCAUGAAAGCAUUGUUAGCCAAGGAAGCAGUCUUGGCCAGGGAAGUACUAUGGCAAUGGGCCAAGCAAGCUUUGUUGGCCAGGGAAGCGGCCAAGGAAGCGGUAUGGGAAGUGGUCUGAGAAGCAUUCUUGGCCUGGGAAACGGCCAGGGAAGCAGGCCUUGCCUAGAAAGCAGCCAGGGUGUGGGAUGUGGCAAUGUCCAGAGUAGUGGCCAGGGUCUGGGAAGCAGUAACAGCCAGGGAAGUGAAAUUGGCCAGGGAAGAGGACAAGGGAGCAGCGAAGGGAAUGGUCGGGGAUGUGACCAAUAUCAGGGAUGUGGUCAAGGAAAUGGUUGAUUAUAGUUAGGCAUAUGGUCAUGGGAAUUUUUGCAUAACACUUACCAAAGAUAGGUGUGUGUGUGUGUGUGUGUGUGUGUGUGUGUGUGUGUGUGUGUGUGUGUGUGUGUGUGUUUGUGGGGGGAGGUCCUUUUUUUUUCUGGCCAUUCAGCGCUUUAUGGCAUAUUUUUUCUGUCUGCUCAAACAGUGGGGAAAGAGAUGGAAAAUCUUUCAAAAAUGUCACCACCUUAAAUAAAAACUGCUUGAUUUUGAAGUUUUUGGUAUAAUUUGACUUCUCACAUAACUACUUUUGCAUCAGUGCUUGAAGUUCCUCUCCAUGAGACUUAGAUAUUUAGCCAAAUAUUAGUUUUGAUAUUGUAUUUUAACUUUAAUUUACUGUUGGCAAAGCGGAAUUGUCUGCAGUCAUUAUUCCAGACAGGAGUCAUUUUAAUAUGCCGAUCUGGUGCUCUAGAAACAUUUCAUGAAUGCUGAAAGCAAGUAGUACAAUUAAGAGCUCAUGAAAGUGAUUAUUCUGGGGUAAUAUGUUACUAGGAAACAUUGAUAAAUAUAGGAAUACUAUAAUGGGUGAUGCAGGUCAAAAGCUUAUUGUGGACCAGUGUAUUUGGAAUAAGUCUUUACGUGUUUUUAAAAUAUGGUUUAAACAAAGUAAAA